AGAUUUGUAGAAAAGAUAUAUGAAGGGCUACUGACGUUUCAUAAGGUAGGUAAUGAGAUACUCAUCAUCAUCAUUUCAUCGACGCCUGCUCCUAGGAGCUCCCACCAGAGGAUGGCCGCGGCAGAAGAGCUACUGGCACGGUACUAAAACGAAUCUUAACCCAGCUAGGCAAUAGGAACACAAAAUUGGAGGGAGAAAUUAAUAUGUUGGUGUUUUAAAGAGAGCUGCACCUGGUGGGGGCCUAUGAGCUGUUAAUGCAUUUAUUUAAUGAGCACCUCUUUAAAACCUUUACAUAUUAAUUUCUCUUUUCUCUUUCUAGGUGGUUGAGGGGUGAGAGUUGGGGUGUUCCUUCUCCUCCUCCACUUUCUCUCCUCCUCUUCCUCCUUCUUCUCCUGCAUCUUACACCAGCCCUGGUGCCUCUGGGAGCUGCUGGUUGGAGCUGUGCAGAUCACUCAUCAACUCAGCAGCUGGUCUGGAUUCCUCAGCUGGCACCAAGACAUCAGUGAAGGAGCCAGAGGCACAAGGGCAAAGCUGACUACAAAUAGGAGAGGUUGUCUUGAGGGGCACAUGAAGAGGCAACUCAGGGAUUGAACAGUCAGGGACACACACCACCGCCACCAGGAUGAAGAUGUCCAAGAGCUCCUCGGGUUCAGGUGCCGGGAAUGAUACCCGAGCUGAAUUGGCGGAGCUGGUGAAGCGCAGGGCAGAAAUAGCAGACAACCUGGCAUCCCUGGAGCGGCAGAUCUACGCCUUUGAGGGCUCGUACUUGGAGGACACGCAGCUCUACGGGAACAUCAUCAGAGGGUGGGACCGCUAUCUGGUGACAAACAAGAACACUAACGCCAAGAACGACAAGCGCAACCGCAAGUUCAAGGAAGCUGAGCGACUGUUCAGCAAGUCAUCCAUCACCUCCAUGGCAGCUGUCAGUGGCAUAGUGGAACAAAUGGGUGACCGGUUAGGUGACAACACAGACACAAAUGAUGUUAACUCUGGCAGUGAGGAUAACUCCAAGGACUCUGUGAGCGCUGGGGUGAAUGGUGACUCCUCUCGUGACACCCCCAUGCUACACAAGCUGUCCAAGAGUUCCCACAAGAUCAAGAAGAGUAGCAAAAAGAACAGGCAUCGCUGAACUGGCAUCCUGGUCUAUUUUAUACCCUUAAUUUUUUAGGUUCUUUCAUUCUGAUCUCCCUUUCUCUCCCACCAUACAAACAAUAGGCACUGCUGAAAGUAUCCUACUUUAAUCUCUCCUCAGUAUAAAAAGUAGGUACUGCUGACUAGCUGGCUACUUCCAUCUUCCUUAAUGAUAAAGGUAGGCGCUGCUAAAAAGUUUCCUGCUCUCAUCUUCACAAUGGAAAUCGUGGCACUGCUGAAAGAAUGCCCUAUUUUUUUAGGUGUUUCCUCCUUCAUUCCCUUAUCAUUCCAUUCCCAGAAAAAUAUCUGCAAGGUCAAUUUCUUCUAUAUUGGGUGACUUGGUCCUCCCCUUUUCCAAUGGUCUCCAUACAUUUCCCCAUGCUUUUUUUAUUGGUAUGUGCACUUCUCUAAUAGAGGACUGUGAAUAAAGAUUGUUUCUUUAGGCAACACUGGGAUUAGAUAUCCCUCAUGAAUUUCAUGUAAAUAUCCCCCAUUGUCUAUUCAUAUUUCUUCGUAUAUGUGUGCAUUGAUAACAUUUUAUUCAUGAAAUUUUAAGAACAUACAGACUUUUCACCAUUACAUAUGCUCGAUCAAGACAAGUACAAAGUAUUCUAAAUAAAUUUAAUGUAAAAUAUAAGUUUUUUGUUAUUCCUAUAUAUCAUAACAAUAGAAGUGUGUGUUAAGGUUGCAAGGAGCAAGUAAUAGACAAGAAUAUUUAGGAAUUUUUGCAGGCAAAAGGUUUGGUGAUUAGAUGUCACACUCACAUGAUAAAAGAACAUGUAUGUGCUGGAAAUCAUGUAUAGACAGGUCAAAAUACUUAGGAAUAGAAUGUUGACUAAUAGGCGGGUGUUGAACUAGAAUUGCAAAAUGAAAUAAUCAACAGCAGUGCAUAGCUAUUGGGGAACAAGGUCCUCCCAUAGUAAAUUUAAGCCCUCCCCCAUGAGCACCCUCAUGUGCAGAACUCUUUGACCACACCACGGAUCACAAGUAAGAAAAGGAUUUGUUGUUGUGAGUGAACCUAUAUGUAAGUAAGCCAAGUACACAAUUUGGGGUAACCAGUGGCUGUGCCUGUCGAUUUCUAUUGGGGGUGGUAUCAUAGGUAAUUCUGUAGGAACUACCAAGAGAAUGAAUGAUCUCAUAAUUCACUAGGGUGUUAAGAGUCCCUACAUCUGCAAGGUCAUGGAGUCUUAUUCAUAGCAGCUUUGUGGGACCAACACCAGUCUACAAUAUUUGAGUUGCUUAGUUGAGGAAUGACUAUCCAGAUGUGAUUGAGGCAUGUACCUAUUGUCGUUCUCAUGUGCUCUGAUAAAGCUGCAGGAUCUCAUUGUUUUCUUAUAGAGCUCUGUGUAUUAAAGUAUCU